AGAGGGCCGGAUUAUGCUACGCCCCGCAUUUGCAUAUUGUUUUUUUCUUGUCACGCAAACUUCCUGGGCAGGGACUCCAAGGGCUGACUCGGCAGGAAGGAGGGUCCUUAAAUAAGUCCCCCCUUGGCUCGAGCUCAUUCCAGGAGCUCCAGCCACUGGGAGAGGCUGCGUCAAAGGUACCAUGAGCAAGAUCGGCGAUGCGGUGCAGCGGGCCCGGGCGGCCUUCGCGUCCGGCAGGACCCGCCCGCUGCAGUUCCGGGUGCAGCAGCUGGAGGCGUUGCGGCGCAUGACCCAGGAGCGCCGGCAGGACAUCGCGGGCGCGCUGGCCGCGGACCUCCACAAGAACGAGUGGAACUCCUACUACGAGGAGGUGGUGUACGUCCUGGAGGAGAUCGACCACAUGAUCGAGAAGCUCCCUGAGUGGGCCGCGGACGAGCCCGUGGAGAAGACCCCGCAGACCCAGCAGGAUGAGGCCUACAUCCACUCGGAGCCCCUGGGCGUGGUCCUCAUCAUUGGUGCCUGGAACUACCCCUUCAACCUCACCAUCCAGCCCAUGGUGGGCGCCAUCGCUGCAGGGAACGCGGUGGUCCUCAAGCCCUCGGAGCUGAGUGAGAAUGUGGCGAACCUGCUGGCCACCAUCAUCCCUCAGUACCUGGACAAGGAUCUGUUCCCAGUAAUCAAUGGGGGUGUUCCCGAGACCACGGAGGUGCUCAAGGAGAGGUUCGACCACAUCCUGUACACAGGUGGCACAGGAGUGGGGAAGAUAAUCAUGACGGCAGCUGCCAAGCACCUGACCCCCGUCACGCUGGAGCUGGGGGGAAAGAGCCCCUGCUACGUGGACAAGAACUGCGAUCUGGACGUGGCCUGCCGACGUGUUGCCUGGGGGAAAUUCAUGAAUAGUGGCCAGACCUGCGUGGCCCCUGACUACAUCCUCUGUGACCCCUCGAUCCAGAACCAAAUUGUGGAGAAGCUCAAAAAGUCACUGAAAGAGUUCUAUGGGGAAGAUGCCAGGAAGUCCCGGGACUACGGAAGAAUCAUCAACGCCCGGCACUUCCAGCGUGUGAUGGCCCUGAUAGAGGGCCAGAAGGUGGCCCUCGGGGGCACCGGGGACGCCGCCACCCGCUACAUAGCCCCCACCAUCCUCACGGACGUGGACCCCCAGGCCCCGGUGAUGCAGGAGGAGAUCUUCGGGCCCGUGCUGCCCAUCGUGUGCGUGUGCGGCCUGGAGGAGGCCGUGCAGUUCAUCAACCAGCGCGAGAAGCCCCUGGCUCUCUACGUGUUCUCCAACAACGACAAGGUGAUUAAGAAGAUGAUCGCAGAGACGUCAAGCGGUGGGGUGACGGCCAAUGACGUCAUCGCGCACAUCACGGUGCACACGCUGCCCUUCGGGGGCGUGGGGUACAGUGGCAUGGGGUCCUACCAUGGCAAGAAGAGCUUCGAGACCUUCUCUCACCGCCGCUCUUGCCUGGUGAGGUCUCUGCUGAGCGAGGAGGCCCUCAAAGCCAGAUACCCGCCGGGCCAGGCCAAGGUGACCUGGCACUGA